AUGGUGUCAAGGUUAGAGCCUGCUCAGCUUGAAAUCCCUAAGGCCCCGGCUAAGGCGAUUUCAACCCUCGCACAAGACCAACACUUCCCAAGAGAAAACCAUAGCACAUUCCCAAACGCACUUGCAAACCUUCACCCCAUCAUUCAAUCGUCCCGUCAUCAUUCUAUUUUAUUUCUAGUUCCUUCCCCGCCAGGUUUGCAUUCUCCGAAUCCAACAUUGGCGGAGCCACAAUCUGAACGACCGGCUGCAGAACAGACUGCUGCUGCUGCGUCCGGUCAGUAUACUUCGCAGCCCGAAGCCCGCCCGGCUACCCAAUACACUGCAUCAACAGACAGCCGACCAUCCAACAUUUCGUCCUCCAAUACUCCCCAGCCGGACUACGGUCUGAACCCGGCGGUGCCCACGCCUACCCAACCCCAACCUCAACAACCGCAGACUCAACCUCAACCCCCUCCGCCGUCCACGGCUCGUCCCCCUCCCGGACCCUAUCCCGAAUACUUGACCCGUCAGCCACAGUACCAUCACGCGCCUCACACGCAGCCCGGCGGCGCGGCAGAUCCCUCAAUUGCGGCAUCGAGCCCCACGUAUCCUCCUCCGUACUCCCCAUAUAACCCCCAGGGCCACGAAAUGGCUCAAUACCAGGGUCAUCCCCCUCCACAGAUGUAUGGCCGCCCAGAUUGGCCUCCACAUCAGUAUGGACAGCCUCCACAUGGCUUGCCAGGGCCAUAUAGCUCCCCUGGAACAACGGUGGGUUCUGCGUCUCCAGCUGCGACCGCAGGCCCUCGUCCAGGACAGGUAUACUCCUUCGUUCCCAUCCCCGGUGCCCAGCAGCACAAGCGCCCCCGCCGCCGAUAUGAAGAAAUCGAACGAAUGUACAAAUGCGGCUGGAAUGGAUGCGAAAAAGCAUAUGGCACGUUGAACCACCUUAAUGCACAUGUCACAAUGCAAUCGCAUGGCGCGAAAAGAACGCCAGAAGAAUUCAAAGAAAUCCGCAAGGAGUGGAAGGCCCGCAAGAAGGAGGAAGAGAACCAACGCAAGGCUGCUGAGGAACGAGAACGUGCUGCCGCCCAGGCAAGCCAGCAGGUCGAUGGCAACGCACCCACCGACCCUUCGCAAGCGGCGCAACCAGCAUCGUAUCCUACCAGUGUUCGUCCUCAGCUACCGCCUAUUGGAUAUCAGUCUGCGGACGGCCAGGUUCCUGCCCAGUACGGUGCUUCAACUGGAGCUGGCCUCGUAUAUCCCCCAAGCAAUGGCCAGAUGGCGGCACCAUAUCCUCCAGCCAACUAUCCUCAUUCCCCAUAUGGCCAGGGAAACCAGGUAUACCAACCGCGUGAGUGAUAGUUCGCACGUCCCUGUCUUUGUCUCUCUCACCUCUUGAAUCUUUUCCGUCAAGUCUUUCAAGUUUUACCCCGAUACACAACAAAAAUACAAGAAUUAAAAUUGAAAAUAAAAAAGGGAGGGUGGAAUGAAAGAG